GACCAAACCAUCCGCAACCAACCUCGCCUCAGACUUCGAAUCACCGGAAACCGCACGCCAAUUGUUAUCCAUUCGUCGGCCGCUCUAAUAACGCCAUCAUGGGUGUCGCGAAGAAGACGAGAAAGUUUGGACAGGUCAAACGAGUCAUGGGACUGAAGGACACCCGACUCAAGGAGAACCGACUGAAGGAGGAGCUCAAGCAGAAAGAACAGGCUGCCAAGAGGACAGUAGGAGGCGAAGUCGUCAAAGAGGUUGCCCAGAUGCCGAGCGGCAUGUAUUUCGCUCACAACACGAACAUCAGCCCGCCAUACAACGUUCUCGUCGACACAAACUUCCUAAGUCAUACCGUCCAGCGGAAACUGUCCUUACUCGAAUCCAUGAUGGACUGCCUCUACGCAAAGUGCAACCCCAUCAUCACCUCCUGCGUCAUGGCCGAGCUCGAGAAACUGGGGACCAAGUACAGACUGGCGCUGAAGAUUGCCCGCGACGAGAGGUGGCAGCGGAUACAGUGCGACCACAAGGGCACAUAUGCAGACGACUGCAUCGUGGACCGGGUCACCAAAGACAGGAUAUACAUCGUGGGCACCAACGACAAGGCGCUGAAGCAGAGGCUACGCAAGAUUCCUGGCGUUCCCAUCAUGAGCGUGGCAAGGGGCAAAUAUGUAAUAGAGAGGCUGCCGGGAGCGCUGCCUUCAUGACGAAUUUAGGGGUUAAAGCAUUGU